AUGCCUUUGAAGCGUUCUUUAAAACAACCACUUCAAAGACUAUCCGAUUUACAAUCAAAAUAUAAUAUAUUUACAAGCAUCAAUACAACGGCAAACAAGGAACAAACAAACAAACCAUUAACGAAUUAUGUUGCCAGUAUUAAAGACAACAUAGUCACUAAAGACCUCCCAACUACCUGUGCCUCUCAUAUGCUUGAGAAUUUCAAAUCACCGUAUGAUGCAACCGUAGUAAAAUUGUUAAAGCAAGCUGGAGUACAUAUUUUAGGUAAGACCAACUUAGAUGAAUUUGGAAUGGGAUCUGGAGGAAUACAUUCAAUAAGGGGGGCCGUAAUCAAUCCUUUAUAUCCUCACGAACAAAGAAUGAUCAUGGGCGGUUCCUCCUCUGGGGCUGCUGCGAGUGUUGUUUGUGAUCUAGUGGACUUUGCCCUGGGCACAGAUACCGGUGGUUCUGUUAGGUUGCCUGCGUGCUAUGGGUCCAUUUUGGGCUUUAAACCAUCCUACGGACGUUUGUCCAGGUUUGGCGUAAUAGCAUAUGCUCAGUCUUUAGAUACAGUAGGGAUUUUGACUAAAAAGAUAGAUGUAUUACGGAAAGUAUUUCAGGUACUUGAUAAAUAUGAUGCUAAAGACCCUACUUCAUUAAAUGAUGAAUUGCGUGGUCUGAUAGAAAAAAAUAUGAAAGCUAAAAAAUCUUUAAAAAUUGGUAUUGUGAAGGAAUUUAACCAUGAAAGUUUGCCCAAUGAAUUUCACCAAUUAUAUCCCUCUUUUUUGGAAAAGUUAGUGAAUUUAGGUCACGAAAUAUACCCUGUAUCCAUUCCGUCAGUAAAGAAUAGUUUACCAAUUUACUAUACAUUAUCCCCAGCAGAAGCAGCUUCAAACUUGUCGAGGUAUGAUGGUAUCAGAUACGGGUACAGGGAUUCCAAACUUGAUAUAAAAGACGGCGUUUUAUUUGCUCCCACCAGGUUCAAAUUUGGAAGAGAAGUGAAAAAUAGGAUUAUCUUAGGUAAUUAUAAUCUUUGUUCGGAUGCAUUCAAAAAUAAUUUUAUCAAAGCUGAAAAACUAAGGGUAAAUUUGAUUGACGAGUUUGACAGGAUCUUCAAAUUCCCGAAUGUUUUGACUGAUUCUAAGGGGAAUCCGGAAGGCUUGGAUAUACUAUUAGUACCAACGUCAUCUAAGCUUCCUGAGACCAUAAAGAAAUUUCAAGAAGAGGAAAGUAAAUCUCCGGCCAACUCUUACAUCAACGAUGUCUUUACAGUCCCCAUGUCAUUAGCUGGACUACCGACUUUAUCAAUGCCUUUGAAAGAGAAAACACCAAUAGGCGUACAAAUAGUGGGCCAAUAUGGUGAUGAUUCCACAGUGUUGGAUUUUGUCGAAUCAAUAUCAUAG